AUGGCUCUUAUCGAGAUCAUUGCGAAUGACCGCCUUGGGCGUAAAGUCCGCGUCAAGUGUAGCCCUGAUGAUACCGUCGGCGACUUGAAGAAACUCAUUGCAGCGCAAACCGGUACCGAUGCUUCAAAGAUCCAACUCAAGAAAUGGUACACAACCUAUAAAGAUCAUAUCACUCUGGCGGAUUAUGAAAUUCACGACGGAAUGAGUCUCGAGAUGUACUGA